UAGCGGAGGUCCCCACGCGGUGCGAGAGGGACCCGAGACACGUGUUUUCGCAGUGCCAGCUGGACGGGCGGAGAGACAGGACGUCGUGGUGGUCGUCCUCUUUUAUUUUGCUUUUUGUUGCACGACCCUGGGGUUUCUCUAACACGAUGUUGGAUAAGAUGGUUAAGAAGACUGUAAAACGCAAGUUGACAGAAUCUGUAGAGGGUUCUACAGGAAAGAAAAAGAAGACCGGGCUAAACACACAGUCCGAAGGCAGCAGUCCAAACUUGCCAAAGAAGAUCAAGAAGAAGCCGGAGCAGGAAGUGGUUGCAGGAGGAGGUGACGGCAUUCAGAAGGAGAAGCCCGCUUUGACAGAGGAAAAGAUUUUAAAAGUAAUUCCAAAGAAGAUCAUCAAAAAGAAAAAGCAGGAAGAGAAGGCAGAAAACAGCACCCAGGAGCAGACUCUGCAGCCCAAGAUAACCGAGGAAAAAGUCCCAAAACCGAAGAAAAAAGGUGCCAAAAAGAAAAAGCAGCAAGAAAUCACACCUAAUGGCAUUUCCCAACAAGAGAAUCAGCAGCCCAUGGAAACAGGAACGGAGAGUCCUAAGGUAAAGAAGAAGGUUAAAAAGAUGAAGAAGCUUGGGAUCCUAGCCAAUAGAGAUGUCCUGUCAGAGGAAGUGCAGCCAGAACAGAAGGUGGCAAAGAAGGCGGCUGUCAAGAACAAGAAGAAAGGAGCCGUGGCUAAUGGCGACGUCGAACCAGUGAAAGAACCGACGGAAGAGAAUGAGACAAAGAAGCCUGUCAAGAACAAGAAGAAGGGAAUCGUAGCUAAUAGCGAUGCCGAACCAGUGAAAGAACAGACGGAAGAGAAUGAGACAAAGAAGGCGGCCCCUACGAACAAGAAACAAGAAGCCGUAACUAAUGGUGAUGUCAAACCAGUGAAAGUGCAGCCGGAAGAGAAUGGGGCUCCAGCAAAAUUAGGGCUUUCCGACCUCCAGAAAAGGAUGCUUGAGCGCACACAGCCUUCUGAAGAGGAAAUAGCACAGAUGCGAGAGGAAAGAGGAAUGAGGCGUGGACGGGGAUUUAGCUCUCCCAGAAUGCGUGGAGGGGACAGGUGGGGUGGUAACAGGCGCGGCGGUGACAGGCGCAGCUUCGACAGGCGUGGUGGCGGCCGCGGGGGCUUCUCACCUACUUUCGUAACGGGCCCUAAUGCAAUUCAUGUGGAAUGGCCAAGGGUUACUACACCCAAACCAGACAACGAGGAGUCCACGGAAAAGCCAGCGUCUCUUCUCAAACCAGACUACCUUUCUCCUGAUUACAAACCCCCUCCGGAUAUGAAGGGAUUAACCCCCCGCAGGGAAAUGGGGAGUGGUCGAGGCAGGGGCCGAGGCAGGGGCCGUGGGGGAGGAUUCGGAAGGUGGGGCAAUAACGACGAUGGUGGCAAUAGUGAUGGAGACGACGAAGAUAGAGGCAGCUUUGGUCGGAGAGGAGGGAGAGGUUUUGGUGGGAGAGGUAGCGGCAGAUCACGUGGACGAGGAGGAGGCGGGAGAGGAAGAGGAGGCGGUAGCCCAGGAAGAGGAAGAGGUGGCGGCAGAGGCUUCAGAGGCGGAGGAAUGGGCCGUGGUGGCGGUGGCGGAAAGAAUGCUAAUCUAAUUCCUGUGCCAUCUGAUAAGAAGGAUUAAGAUGCCACCAAACAAAGAAAAAAAAAAAGUAAGCAGUUUCCCUGUUUCAAAACUUGUAACUUUAAUAAUUGUAAUUCAUUAUUGUUGACUUAUUACAAUAGGGUGAGUGAGUGAAUUUAGUAUGUACAGUGAGUCUGAGAGAGAACGAGAGUAGGAUAUGAGUGACAUGGAGAAAUAUAAUUUGGCAUUUUAAAGUAGACUUGUACACCAUUGUGAUGUUAAUAAGAGGAAAGAGAAGUCUUAUUUAAGUUGAAUGCUCAAAUAUCUUGUUUCCCUGUAGCUAUGAUAAAGUUUAAUAUGCUGUUGAUAAGAGUAAUAAUAAUAAUAAUAAUAACCAAUAUAGUUUUUGUUGGUAUGUGUCUCCCUCACUCUUUCCAUACUUUGUGUAAAUUGUAAUGGUUAUUUAUUAUGGCAUUUUCAGGCUGUACCAGGGAGCAAGAACAACAGAUGGUCAGCCCCUAGUAUAUUGUAGAUUUAUCACUGUAUAAUAUCCGAGGAGGUAUAUCUUGUGUUUUAUCUAAAGGGUAAUAUUUUCAUCUCAUGUUAAGCAAGGUAAAGGAUUGUGUGUCCGAGAUAUGUUACAUGAAGGCAGGCUUGUCUAAAGGAGUUCUCAGAAGGGGUUUUCAGACCAUUUCUCAUAAUAGGCUUAUUUAUAUGUUUUGUGGAAACUUUUAUCUAUUACGGAAGGUUUGAUAUGUUUUUGUUCAUGCACUCUUAUGACUGUAGUGCAUUCAAGUGAAUGUGUCGCUGCUUAUAUUGUAGAUACAAGUUGAAAUAAACAAGACAUUUGAUAAACACACCUGCAGAUGAUUUUGGUCUAAGAACACCCUUGGGACACUUGUACCCUCAAAUAUCAUUUUAGGGUCAACCAUAUCAGAAAGUUCCAUCAUGCAUUCAUUAAAUUUCUCAUUACUUGCAUACAAGGAAAUUUGUCUGUAUGUAAUUCUGUGAAGAAUAUCUGAAAAGUCCUUUUUGGAAAGGCACCAUUACAUCAUGUAUGAACUGAAUUUCUCAUUCAUUGCAUAUUUCAUGGUACAUUGAAGUAUAUGUAAUUUUAUAGGAAUCUGAUAUCGUAUCUAAUACCUAGUAUAUCAAGAAUAUUGUGUAUUUUUGUAAAUUUAUUUAUUGCAUUUGUUGUGGAAUAUGUUAAUGUUUCAUAAAACAUGUCAUAAUACAAAUGUGCUUAUGUACUCUGUAAUCAGACAAAAGCAUGAAUAAAUUUCUAAAACAUUUUGUUCCCAAA